AUGGAUGAUAUUCUGGUCUUUUCACAAUCGAAAGAGGAUCAUACAGAUCAUUUGCGGAUGGUACUUGGGGUGCUUCAGCACCAGAAGUUGUAUGCUAAGCUCUCUGAAUGUAAAUUCUGGUUGACUUCAGUAGCAUUCUUGGGGUAUAUUAUUGGAACUAAUGGUAUUCGAGUAGAUACACAGAACAUUAAGGCCGUAAAGACUUGGCCUAGGCCUAUGAAACCUACUGAGUUACGUAGUUUCUUGGGGCUAGCAGGAUAUUAUAGGAGAUUUGUGGAGAACUUUGCUUUGAUUUCUGCACCUUUUACAAGGUUAACUCAGAAGGCGGCUAAGUCCCAGUGGACCGAUGUUUGUUAA